GUCAAUUUUUAGUAUUAUAUUUCCCAAGUGUCCAGACUCCAGAAGCACAUGGAAUGUCCUGUCGUUAACUUAACACUCCCCGAUAACAGAAUGUCCCCCCCCUAACUCUGGAAACUGUAAAAAUUAAAAAAUAAUCACAGACUCUGGCAAAUCUUUCUUUAAACCAACAUUCAUCCCCAAUCGAAUCUAAAAAUUGUCUGGUUAAAUCAAAAUUAACCUCCAUUACAGACUAACCGAAGGUUCAACCGCCACUGUGUAAACUCUGUCAAGAGUCUGGUAAGCGACAGCGAAAGGAAACCAUCCAGUUGAAAAAGGUCUCCCACUUCCCCCUCCCAAUUUUCUCCUCCCCCGCCGGCCCUCACAUUUUCCAAUCCAAUGGAAAUCCCCUGCUUCGCAAUCGCUUUUUCCCUCCUCUUCCUCCACCACGCGCCGCUCCCCUCCUCCGCCGUCCCCGACAGCAUUUUCAUCCUCGCUGGGCAGAGCAACAUGGCCGGCCGCGGCGGCGUCCACAACAACACCGCCACCGGCGCCCUCCACUGGGACGGGAUCGUCCCGGCCCAGUGCCAGCCCAACCCAUCAAUCCUCCGAUUCAGCAAAGACCUCGUUUGGGUCCCGGCCCACGAGCCGCUCCACGCCGACAUCGAUUCCACCAAGACCAACGGGAUCGGGCCGGGCAUGCCGUUCGCCAACGCGGUUCUGACCCAGGACCCGGAUUCCGUCGGGGCGGUGGGCCUCGUCCCCUGUGCCGUUGGCGGGACCACCAUGAAUCAGUGGGCGAAGGGCGGGGCUUUGUACGGCGAGAUGGUGAGGAGGGCGACGGCCGCCGUGGAGGCCGGCGGCGGGAAUCUUCGGGGCCUGAUUUGGUAUCAGGGGGAGAGCGAUACGAAUAGCAGACAGGACGCGGAGGAGUAUAGGGGCAGAUUGGAGACGCUAUUUUACCAUGUGCGGCAAGAUUUGCAGCUGCCGGCGUUGCCGAUUAUCCAGGUGGCUUUGGCGUCGGCGGAGGGUCCGUACAAGGAGACGGUGAGGGAAGCACAGCUGGGAAUCAGCAUUCCGAACUUGGUGACCGUGGAUGCCGACGGGCUGCCGAUCCAACGCGACGGACUGCAUCUGACGACGGCGUCACAGGUGGAGUUGGGUCACAUGUUGGCCAACGCGUUUCUAAAGACCAACUUCCUGAGUUCUCCGAUCAGAACUAGCCGGGGAAGCGGCGUCGAGGGCAGCAGCAGCAAUUCGCCGGCAAGUUCAGGGGUUUUGACAGUUCCGUUGUUGAUGUCAGCGCUUGUUUUUAGUUUGAACUUUAUGAUUAUGGCAUACUCUGUGGAGUUGUAGCGGGUGUGUAUUAUUUAUUGGAAUUAUAUAUGUUCGGAGAAAAUAAAUAUCUAAUUUGGAUUGGAGGAUGAUGUCAACCCUUAAAAUAUGCUGACGACCUAUAUCAAUAGAACAUAAUGAUAAACUGGUGGCAGAGUUCUAUUAUCACUUUCGUUUGAAUGGAUAACAAAGGUAGCCAUAUCGUAGGUGAGUUACAGUAAUUCGGAGUUGUAGUCCUAAAAUUAUUAAAAAAAUAGUUAAAAUUAUAAAAAUAGUGACUAUAACUAUAAUUAUAUCAAAGUUGUAGUUCUACAAUUACAAAGAAAAAAGUACACACUACAAAAUUAAGAAGAAUUGGGGAUAAGAGGUAGGGACGACUAUUAUAAUUUGUCUUAGGAAAUAUGAUCUUAAGUAAUAUAAGGGACAAGUGUGU